UGCUGAUCCCCCCUUGCAUCAGCACCAUUUCUGGUUUCCUUGCAAAGUACUGAGAGAGAGAAAGAGAGAGGGGGGUGGGGAAAGAGACAGGGAGAGAGCGAGAGAGAGACUCAACCUCACCAGAGCGUAGAGGCGUCAGACUGCCGCCACAGCAUCUCGGUUACGCACUGUUCAGAGGCCCCAUCGACCGAUCACCGCUCCAGAACCAGCUAAAGGAGAAGUCAACAUAGCCGGGCGCGUUGCCACAGCUACAGUCAGUAAUGGAGAGCCUGCUGGAUAAUCCAAUGAAAGCCGUUCUUUAUCUGAAGGAGCUCACCACUAUCGUCCAGAACCAGCAAAGCCUGAUCCAAACACAGCGCCAGCGCAUCGACGAACUCGAGCGGAAGGUGGAGGACCUGAUCGGAGAGAACCGACAGUUGCGGGACCCCCAUCACUACGUCCAGCAGCCCUCUCAGCACCACCAUCACCACCACCACCACCACCCGACUCACCGCAGCGCCAGUCCCCAGGCGCCGGCCCACCUUCACCCACACCCGGGAAGCAACAAAGCUGCGGCUCAUCUCGGCCAGCAGGCGCAUCAUCAGCAGCCACCACCAUCCCAGCAGCAGCAGCAUCAGCAGAUUACCGGUCUGUCGGCCCAGCCUCAGCAGCAGCAGCAGCAGCAGCACCCGACUCCUCCUGCACCGUCUUCCCACCACCCACAGCAGCUGCAGCUCGUUCCCACCUCGCCGCAGUCGCCCAAAGCGAGCCAAGCCAGCCCCGACUCCGCCGAGGAGGACAAGAGGAGCCCCUGCUGCAAGUCGCUUGUUCCGCAGACUCCAACCACUCUCUGCCGUUCAGUGGGUCUGGCCAGGAAAGCGGAAAACCCAACAGUACUACACCAGUUCUGCUGCCCAGCCCCAGAGGCUCCUGAGGGGGAGACCUCCACUGCCUGUGUUCCCAGCGAUGACCUUUCUCCAGACUCGUCUAUGGUUCAGGAAGGGAAGGGAGGAGAAGGAGAGCUGCAGAGUGAGGCCCAGUCACAGCCACAGCUACAGCCGCAACCCGAACUGCAACCGCAGCCCCAACAACAGCAGCAAGAGACUCAGCCACAGACUCAGCCAGCACAGCCCCAACCACAGACUGAGCCCCAACCGCAGAUUCAACCUCAACCUCAACCCCAACCCCAACCCGAAGUCAAACCUCAGCCAGAACCUGAGCCGAAAGCCCAGCCUGCACCAGAGCCCGAGCCUCAGCCGCAAGUCAAGGCUCUGAGCGAGGCGGCCCCACAGGAAGCCCCUAAAGCCCCUUCGCCUUGCCGAGAGGAGCAGACGGUUGCAGAGAAAGAGAAUCAAGAGUCAGAAGAAGUUGCGGAGGCAAAGACAAAGCAAGAGGUAGAGGAGGCGCAGGCCAAGCCACGCGAGGGUGAAGCAGCACAGGAGGAAGAGGACGAGGAAGGGGGAGGAGCAAAAGGAGGUGGCCCGGGGAGGAGAGCCAGUCUGCACCACACAGCCUCGCCCUUGAGGGUGCAGCGCAACGGGGCCGGCUCGCACUCCGCCGCCUCUGACUAUGAGCUCUCGCUUGACCUCAAAAAUAAGCAGAUCGAAAUGUUAGAGCACAAAUACGGCGGACACCUCAUCUCCCGCCGUGCUGCCUGCAAGAUCCAGACUGCCUUCCGCCAGUACCAGCUCAGCAAAAACUUUGAGAAGAUCCGCAAUUCACUUCUGGAGAGUCGACUGCCUCGACGCAUCUCCCUGCGCAAGGUCCGUGUGCAAAAUACGGAGGGUUUCUCUGCUGAACGGGCGCUGGCAGAAGGCUGUAACCUGGCAGGCAUCCCACUGGUACGCUCACCAUCUUUGCCUGCCACGGUUGGUGGCACCCUAACUGACCUGGAAGACUCCUUCACUGAGCAGGUCCAGUCUUUAGCAAAGUCUAUAGAUGAUGCACUCAGCAACUGGAGUCUGAAGACCAUGUGUUCACUCCAAGAAGGCGGCAACUAUCAGUUCAGUGCCGAUUCCUUUAGCGCAGCAGCGGCAGCAGGGGUUGGAGGUGGUGGAGAAGGCGGGGGUGGGGACAUGCGAGACUCUGUAAUUCAUCAGGGCUCCGUAGACCCAACCGACCUCUCAAGGAAUGCAAGCAAGCUGAUGAUGGCGUUUCGAGAUGUGACGGUGCAGUUUGACAGUCAGAACUUCCGCGUUUCAUCUUCAGUUAGGGAAUCAUCCACUUCUGUCACCCUCAACAGUGGCACCCAACAAGAAGGAACCUCCAGCACUGUCACCACCACUUCCACAACAGCAAAUUCUGCACCAGCCCCUAUCCCACCCGGUCCUUCACAAGAACCCCCUCCUCCACCUGCAGACAUCCUAGCAGAGCUCAAAGAACUCCCACCCCCACCCCAGGAGCCUCCACCACCACCAGAAUCAGAGAUAGAAGGCAGCGAGCAGGAUGUUGAAUUCCCUGCGCCACCUCCUUCUGAAGAAGAGCUUGGGGAGAUGGAGCAACCUCCUCUGACCCCUCUGGAUAAGAUGGCAUUCCCCCAAAGCCCAGAGGAGGUUGUUGUGGUGGUACCGCCACCACCAAGAGAACCAACUGUGGCCCCUCCACCACAGGAGACUAUAGUGCUGGGUAGCUCUCCUGCGGUGGAGCCUUUGGAUGUUAAGAGAUGUGGCUCUGAGACAGCAGACUAUAGCUCAGAGCAGAUGAGCAGCAGCAGCACAUCGACGGAGGCACGCUCAACGUCCGAGGCAUCGUCCAAGGAAGCAUUGCAGGCUAUGAUCCUCAGCCUGCCACGCUACCACUGUGAGAACCCCGCUAGCUGUAAAUCACCCACUCUGUCCACAGACGUCAUGAGGAAACGCCUCUACCGCAUCGGCCUCAACCUCUUCAAUGUUAACCCUGACAAGGGCCUUCAGUUCCUGAUCUCAAGAGGCUUCAUCCCAGACACGCCCAUCGGUGUUGCCCACUUUCUGCUACAGCGAAAGGGCCUGAGUCGACAAAUGAUUGGAGAGUUCCUCGGCAACAGCAAGAAGCCCUUCAACAGAGAUGUCCUAGACUGUGUGGUGGAUGAGAUGGAUUUCUCAGGCAUGGAGCUGGACGAAGCGCUGAGGAAGUUUCAGGCCCACAUUCGUGUCCAGGGGGAAGCCCAGAAGGUGGAACGUCUCAUCGAGGCCUUCAGUCAGCGGUACUGCAUGUGCAACCCGGAUGUGGUGCAGCAAUUUCACAAUCCAGACACCAUCUUCAUCCUGGCCUUUGCCAUCAUUCUGCUCAACACCGACAUGUACAGCCCGAAUAUUAAGCCCGACCGGAAGAUGCUGUUGGAGGACUUCAUAAGGAAUUUACGAGGUGUGGAUGAUGGAGCAGAUAUCCCCAGAGACAUGGUGGUGGGAAUCUAUGAAAGAAUACAACAGAGAGAGCUGCGCUCCAACGAAGACCAUGUCACCUACGUUUCCAAGGUUGAGCAGUCCAUCGUAGGCAUGAAAACAGUUCUCUCCGUCCCUCAUAGAAGACUAGUAUGCUGUAGUCGACUUUUUGAGGUGACAGACGUCAACAAGGCCCAAAAACAAGCAGCACACCAGAGAGAAGUCUUCCUCUUCAAUGAUCUCAUUGUGAUCUUGAAGCUUUGUCCAAAGAAGAAGAGCUCCGCGGCCUACACUUUCUGCAAAGCCAUGGGACUACUUGGCAUGCAGUUUCACCUUUUUGAAAAUGAAUACUACCCCCAUGGAAUCACCAUCCUCUCACCAUUCGGAUCAGACAAGAAGCAGGUAUUAAACUUCUGUGCUCAAAGUGCCGAGGAGCUGCUCAAGUUUGUGGAAGACCUAAAGGAAUCAAUCGCAGAAGUGACGGAGAUGGAACAGAUACGCAUCGAGUGGGAGCUGGAAAAGCAGCAGGGAGCCAAGACACACUCGGUAAAGAACAACGGUACACAGCUAGAGCUUCGUGGUAAACAGGGCUCCCCAUCAGGACACCAGGAGAUAGAUGACAGAAGUGGACACAAUGCAGUAGAGGUGUCAAUUCACAACAGGCUUCAGACGUACCAGCUCAGCAGCAGCAUGGCUCGGAGCCCCGAGAGCGCGGCCCUUCUUAAUCACCGGGGAGAGGUGCUUUUCCAGCAGGGGCCCCAGGGGGUAACCCAAGGGCCUGCGCCUCCACCACAGCACCUGCAGCUGCAGUCAGCGGCAAGCACUCCCGCCCAUCAUCUCCCCCUCCAGCAGCACCACCAGCCCUGUGUCAGCAUGGCUGACCUGCGGCCUGAGGCGCUCAUCCAGUGUCAGCAAAUUGUCAAGGUCAUCAUGCUCGACAACAGCAGCCAUGGACGCAUGGAGGCCUUCCUCAGCCAAACGCCCACACACCACCACUACCAGCAUCACCAUCACCACAGCCACCAUCAGCUUAGUCACUCCGCCAUGUCCACCCCUGUCCGCUCGCCAGACGGUUCACACGGCAGCGACGGCCACCAGCCCCCACUGCCUCCCCCGCCUCCACCUUACAACCACCCGCACCAGUACAUACCCCCAGACCCCCGCCUCAGUCUACACCGGACCCCAAGUGGCUCUCGGAGCAUGGUGUAAAUAAAUGAAUUCAAAUUUUUCUCCCUGAAAGACAGACACAUACUUCCACAUAAACCCUAUCACUUCUCUUCCUAUCUAACAGUACAUAUUGUACAUAUAUACAUACAGAUGAAGCUAUAAUGAAAAAAAUAAAAAUCC